ACUUAAAAUUCGCAGACUGAGUGGUAUUCUUCAUGUGAAAACGCGAAUAGUUUCGAUUCUCCGCAUUGCCUCCUAGCUUAAUUAUUGCAGAAAGUGAGGAUCAUCCACACCUAGGCGACAUAGUCAGAAUCGCGUGCGAACAGUGAUUUGGAAAAUCAAGAAUUAAAGAAAAUCGAAAAAAAGAACUUUAUUAACUUAGUGACAUUUUCAUAAAUCCUGAAAUGAAAAUGUUAGUGGCAUACCGCGCAACUCGAAUGAGAAACAAAUACAUUUUCAGUUUCCUUUGUGUUGUGUUCAGUGCGAUUCAACUUGCUGCAUCUUCACCAGGAAAAUUCAGCAGAGCUCUUCAAUGGAAAUUAGAUGUUCCGUCUGAAUUGAGUAAAUCAGACUUCGAAAGGCUGUACACGGGAGGGAUGUUGGAUGAGCGCAACGAAGAAAAAUUUGAACAAAUUCAAAAGCUCCGUCGUCUCCACGGGUCAAAAAGAUUGGGAGCAGAACACGGACAAGUCGGCGAGCUCGAUUAUUCAGAUGUCAUACUUCGUCUAUACAGGCAGAAAGACAAGGACAAAUACUACAAGCUGAAAAUCGACGAUGCGACCAACUUUAAGAAUGCGCCCCUGAACAAAUCGCUUGAAACAAAGAUCAUCAUACACGGAUGGAUGAAUAGUGGAGAGAGUUGGUUCCCAAUUCUGAUGAAAGAUACUUUGCUGAACGACCGUGAUCUGAACGUGAUACUUGUGGACUGGAGCAGUGUGAGCUACGGGUUCGUUUACCCCUGGACGGCGAGCUAUGUUCCCGAAGUUGGUAAAUUGGUGGGCGAAGUCGUUUUUGCGCUCAUCAACGACAACUACAUCAACGUAACUUCGGUCCACUUCGUCGGCCAUAGUUUAGGUGCUCACGUUGCUGGAUUCGCGGGGAAAAGAAUCAACAAACUCCUCAAUAAAACCGUGCCGUGGAUUACAGGGUUGGAUCCUGCUCGACCAUGUUUCAACGGGAAACCGGCCAAGGAUCGGUUGGAUGUGACGGAUGCAGAGUAUGUGGAAAUAGUUCAUACUUGUGCAGAUUACCUUGGACUCCUCCAGCCAAUUGGCCACAUAGACUUUUACCCUAACGGGGGUUCUCUUGUACAACCUGGAUGUAGCUACUACGAUGUCGGUGCUUGCAGCCACGCCAGGUCUUUCCAGUACUACGCUGAAGCAUUGACUACUAAUCGCAGUUUCAUAGGGUAUCCUUGCGCUAAUAUAGUAGAUUUUACUCUUGGAUUAUGUGACGAUGAUGAUGCUGCGAAGAAAAUGGGUAAAAAAUACUCUGCGGACAGCUAUGGCAAAAUGUUCUUAUUAACGAGAAGCUCAGCUCCAUUCCACGUGGAACCUGACGAUCAUGAGUAAGAACUGAGAAACACCAGACCCAGCCAAGGGAUACCAAACAUCCUCUGUGGAAGAUACAAAAAAAACAGACGUCCUCUUUCUCCAGGGAUUUUAACGAUGAGGAUGGCAAUAUGGUAUCUGCGACAUCAAAUACUGGCGUGCUCACCGUUUACCCAGUUCUGUACUUUUCAUCUGUGUGUACCAAGGUGCCCAUAUAAAUCAGGAGAUGAGGAUAAAACAAUUUUGUGCGGCUUUAGUAUAUGACUAUUCUUGUACAAAAAAAUAAUUGCAAUUCAGCAACGAAAAAAA